AGCAGCACCGGCAGCAACACCACCAGCAACCGGCAGCAGCACAGUCAAAUAGGCAGUCGGCUGGCGACCCAUCCGUACCUUCGUGAACGUCCAUCCCCACCACGUCGAGCCACUAAGCACGCCAGCAGUGCCGCGAAGAACGGGCGCACGAGCAUUUAGAUUUCGUUUCAGUCUUCCCUACGACCCCGAGGAGCGAAGGAAGCUAUAUAUUUCGUGGUCGUGGUGAAUCCAAAGGCGCAGUGCAGUACUAGAGAACGUUGCAGCUAUCGUAUAUCUUUCUUUCGCGUAACUGAUAUGCCGAUUGGAUUAUUGUUCAAACUUUUACAACAGCACUCGAGUCAUUGACAUUUUUAUGUGGUGCUGAUAUUGUUAAUUCGAGGCAGUGUUAAUCAUCGAGGGAAAGCCAGACUGGCGCUAUAUGGAACCCACCCCAUGGAUAGUAACAUGUCUACUGCGGCCUACAUGCAUAGGCAUGGUGGAUCUCCGAGCACGUCCAGUACUAGCACGGGAUCCUCUUCUGGUGGUGCCGGCGGGACACCUGGGGGAAAUCCGACAGGAGGUGGACGAGUGGCUGUCAUUGGCGUCACCAGGAACGUACGACUGAGAAGACGUGGUGCUUCUGGCUUUGGUUUUUCUUUACGUGGUGGACGCGAAUAUUCGGCUGGGUUUUAUGUCAGUGAUGUACAACCGGGAGGAGAAGCUCACAGAAAUGGAUUGAGAGUAGGCGAUCAAAUUGUAAGGGUGAAUGGUUACCCAGUCGAAGAUGCUGUACACCAGGAAGUCGCACUUUUGGCCAAGAAUCAGCAGGUGUUAGUCUUAAAAAUUCGAAGUGUGGGCAUGAUACCGGUGAAGGAUAAUCCAAACGAUCCAGUAACUUGGCACAUAGUUCAACAACAGCAGCAACUGCAACUGCAAGCGAACGAAACGGCAUCAGGAACAGUGCCACCGAGUACAGAAGUAAGAAUUCGAAUUCCUGUUGGAGAAAAGGGUCGUCUAGGAUGUGGAGUCUGCAGAGGAAUCUUGCCAGGUCUUACAGUACAGGGAACAAGGGAGGGUGGUCCAGCCCGUGCAGCUGGUCUGAAAGCUGGCGACGUCAUCAUCUGGUGUAAUGGACAACGACUGACAGACCUUCCUUUUGAAAGGGCCAUUGAAGUAAUGCGCGGUGCAGCAAUUUUGGAUCUCAUUGUUAACAGGCCAGUUCCAAAUCAUCUAUAUGACUGUCCUGAGUCAUUAUGGAUGCGUGGCUCUAGUGGCUAUGAUUCGGAAUCCUCAAGUUCACUUGCCGUCAGUCCACCACCGCAAGUUCCCACAUCGCCGCAGCAUCUGGUCGAUGGUAGAACACAUCAGGGAAGGGAUGAGCCAACUGGCAGAAAUGGCCGGAUCUGCUGUCCGCUCGCUAUCUCAACCGGUAGCUGCAGCUCGUCAGAAUGGAAUCACGUGGAUCAGGUACAAGAGUGGACUCGAAAACCCAACAAUACAACAGUCAUAAGGGUUAAUCAAAAUCAGAACCAAAAUUUAUAUCAACGAAACAUCCAAAAUCACUCGCAUCCAGCAUCCCGAGGGAACGUUGACAAUCUUAACAAGGGAACUGAACCUCUUUACGAUCCGGUUGCUCCACGAAUAGACUACGAGGUUCACGAUUUCGACAGAAACAUACACGAGCAAGUCACGAAACGUCCGUAUCAGCGGGAUAAGGGUCCAAUAAUUCACGAUGGUCCAGUUGAGAGAAAUAGUCAGCCAGAGGGAAAUCAGCUGGCCGAAUUACAAUUCGUCCAGAGGCAAGUAGAAAUGGAAAGGAAGACAUUAGCUACUGUAGAAGUUCAUCAGACAGUAUCUCCACCAGCCCCGCCAUCAAUGCCACCGCCAUUAUCCUAUAAGUGGCAGCCAGAUGCAAAACCUAUGAACGCCAUGGGUAUGCAAAUGGGAAGCACAAUGUCGAUGGGAAGUACAGGCUCCACAGAAACUGAAUCCAGCCUCGAGUCUUCUUGUAGCAAAGAUUCAGCAUCCACAUCUUCAUCCUUAUCAACUUCGUCCUGUGAACCAGCAUCGACAGCGUCCUUUGUCUCCAAUGGUACUUCAACGACGACAACAAUGACCAAUAAAAUUUCUGAAGGCAGUUGCGUGCGUCCAGCUCGCAUUACGGCAACGCGAAACUCACCCGUGGCCAAUACGGAUCUUGGAACGGCGAUAGCACAGGAAUUGCAAAGGCGAGCACAGCAGAGGAGUAUGAACAAUGCGGGAAAGGGCGAGGCUGGGAAGGAAAAAGUGGCAGAGAUGCGCAAGGUUCAAACUGCAGAGGCGCUCAGAGUGCAGGAACAGAAAGUCACGCAUGAUAAGCUGAUGGAAGAGUUCAAACGAGCGCACAGAAGGAUGUUCAACGUUAAUCAACAGCGGGUCCAGUUUUCUGAUCAAGUGGAGCAGGAACAGGAAAGACGUCUCACUAAUGGAUCUUCUUCAGCGAGCGGACCUCCGCCACCACCACCACCACUUCCCGUUACACCAGCCAGGACUAAGAACAGUGAGGAUGCCGUUGAGAUGCAGAGUAUAGAAUCUUUCAAGUUGAAAGACGCACCGAGCUUUGUUAUUCCUAAACCUCCACCGACUUACUUUCCUCUGACGGCAAACUCAACGUCGUCCACCACGACUUCCACGACAUCAAGCGUCGCUGGGAAAUUGUCACCUGCCUCUGGUAGUCCAAGGCAUGGACCAGUAUCUGUUCAAUCUGCAGUCAAUGGAAAGGAGUCGGUUUCUAAUGCCAUCAAUGAAUCUAACAAAUUUUCACUUACUUCUCCAACCGCUAAUGGACAGAAUGCUAAGCCGAUUGGCAAGGUUGCUAUCAGGAUAGGUGCUUAUGAGGGUGAAGCGAAACAACCAUCCAGGUUGGAAUUUUUGCCCCAACAACAGCGUACUUUGGAAAAAGGAAAUGGAGAGGAGGAUGUGGCUAAUGCACCGGUUGUCUCGCGAUUGCAAAACGAAUUGGCAGCUACGCUUCAGAGAUCAAACCUUCGAAAAAAGACUGACGAGGACAAUUCGAUGGGUAACGUUAUUCCCAAACCUCCAGCAAUUCCAGAAAUAACGAGACCGAUUACGCUGUCGCAAAAUAACGUGGAAAAGUUGGCUUCCGUUUUAAGCAAUAAAGUCACGAUUAAAGUUAGUCCUGAAAAUGCGACUCGAUAAGAUACGAGUAUUUAUGGAGCCGAAAAGGAAACGUAGAAGAGGAAUUCUACAUUAUAUAUCUAUAUACACAUUUAUAUAUAUAUAUAUAUAUAUAUAUAGAUAAUGUCGCACGGAAAAAGAUGUCGACGUACUUUUUCGAUCUGCUGUACAUUUCUUUGUCCUCCCUCUUCCCAAGCAACUUUUAGGUGGUCUGUACUCGACAAUUUAUGGGACUGAUCGUUAAGACUUUUUCUAUAAACGUCUUUUUAUAUUAUUUAUUACCAAAAUUAGUACCUACUUUGUAAGAUGUUAAUGUUGUAACAAGAUAUGAGAAUCGCUGUACUUUAUAAGUAGACGCAUCGCCAGGAUUCUCGAUAGCUUUUCUGCGUAACUCAAGACUAUAUAAUAUACCUCGACUCGAGUAGUUUUUACUCGAGUUUACGUCUCGACGAUAAUAAAUGCAGAAGUUAAUGUAUAUAAA